AUGAUUGUGCUAAAGAAGAAGCUCCUGGCGAGCUGCUUCGUGGUUUUUUUGGCUACUUUGGCACUGUUUUCCGUGCAUAGACACAUCAAUGCAGGUGCAUCUGUCAGGGAACGGUUUUAUGCAGAUGUGUUCUCCAGCAUCAAGAAAUUCAAGCCGAUUCACCCGCCCAAACAACGGGAGUCUAUGAAACUGACCGGGUGCGAUAUGGGCAAUGCAGGCAUCAACAAGGGCGAUUCCGUGAAACGCACUACGCUGGAAAAUCUGGACCGGUGCUACAAACUGUCAAAACUGCAGUUCCAGGGUCUGCAGGCGCCACACAUGGGGUUUCUGGCCACGAUCCGGGAGUCGUUCAACUACCAGCGUGCGGCGCCGAUCUUUCAAGAUCUGUUCCCGCAGGAAGAAGGGUUCGUCACCGUGGGCGGCGGCCGGUUUUCGCUGCUGUCCUACACAAUGAUCAAAACACUGCGGGAACGAGGCUCCACGCUGCCUGUCGAGGUGGUGAUCCCGCCACAGGACGAAAAAGACGAAGAACACUACUGCAACUCGGUUCUGCCGCAGCUCAAUGGCCGUUGUGUCUUCUUCAGCGACGUGUUGCCCCGUCAACUCAUCCAAAACUGGGAAUUCAAGCGCUACCAGAUCAAGUCCGUGGCGCUCCUCAUCUCCAGCUUCAAAAAGAUCGUCUUUAUCGACGCAGACGAUUUCCCUUUGAAGAACUUGGACUCUGUUUUCCAAAGCGAAGUGGUCAAACACAACGGGCUGGUACUGUGGCCAGAUCUAUGGAGACGCGUCACAGCACCCGUUUUUUACCGUAUCGCCAACGUGGACGUCGACACGACCAGUCGUGUACGCAACCUGGGCGACGACGUGUCGCCUCCUUCGCGUUACAUAGACCCCGCACUGGACCUGGAUCUCGAAAAAAUCCCUUUCCAUGAUUUUGAAGGUGCUAUUCCAGACCCAACUUCGGAAUCGGGCCAGAUGGUCAUCGACAAAGUCCGCCAUUUACAAACCCUGAUUUUGGCGCUUUACUACAACGUUUACGGACCCGAAUGGUACUACUCUUUGAUGUCACAGGGAACCCCUGGAGAAGGCGAUAAAGAAACGUUUGCAUCUGCUGCUCACGUGCUGGGACUACCGUACUACCAGGUCAAGACCAAGUUGAGCUUUGAUGGAUAUUUCAAAGACGGGUUCCAUGGAGUCGCCUUGUUGCAGCACGAUUGCGAGCAGGACUUCCAAUUGCACGAAAAAGCUAAAGAACGGGUUGAGGCCGACCUUGCAAAUUACAAAAAAUACGAUCCCAGUUACGACCCUGAAGAUGCCUUCUACAGCGACCUGUUGAAGCGUGACGAUAAGUCUGAUAUUGAUGUUAUGUUUGCACAUGCCAGUUUCCACAAAUUUGACCCAUGGCAACUCUACCACGAAAAGGUCUACCUCAACUCCGACGGUACCCAGUUCCGCUCAUUCACCAAUCUCGGAAAAAUCAAAAACUUUGACGUCGAGCUCUUCAAUUUCGAGGUCCUGCAGUCCGCGCUUUGCUCUUCAAAAGUUAUUCAAUUUGCAUACUUGAAAGAUAAGUUCAACACUGCCAAGUGGACCGAAGUGUGCCAAUACGUGAGGGACCGUGUUAAUUUUCUCACGGAAACCCAUAAGAAGGCCACCGGAGUUUCAUCUUAG